AUGUGCGUCCCUGCGCUGUGUUAUGCGGUCCAAAAAAAUGCGCUGUAUCUCGCGAUAACGCAUCUGCAAGCAGCAGUGUUUCAAAUCACAUAUCAGGGCAAGAUCCUCACGACAGCGCUUUUCUCUGUGAUGAUGUUGAAUAAGAGGCUCAGUCGGCGACAAAUAUUCAGCUUGAUUGUCCUCCUGGUGGGCGUGUCUAUUGUGCAGUUGUCCCAAUUAAAGAAGGAAAAUGAUGAUGUUAAGGACGACAACACUAUUACGAUGUUAAUUAAAGAUUAUGAUGCAUUAAAACGGAAUGGGUUCUUCUUUGGCUAUUCAACGCUCACGUGGAGAGAUGGUAUGGAGAAUUGUGAGAAACAUAUUUCACAUUUCGUAUCGCGAGAAACGCAUGAAUGUCCCGUCGUAGGAGAAGACUCAGUUCAUGAUGACAACAGUGAAGACGAUUAUUCGUAUGUCGAGGAGAGUGUUGAUGAAAUUGAAUGUUUGUCUGGAACUAUGCUGGCAGAGCUCGAGCGGCAGUUGAGUAAUCACGUGUUUGAGUACUACGAUGAACUCGUGGAGAGUUCAGUCCCGAAUUGUGGGCGAACAUAUUUAGAAGAUCUACAGGAGCUGGAGGAACUAGAGAUGGCUUAUAACAAAAUAGAAGGAAACGAUACGGCUGAUGAACUCAGAGAUAUGUUUGCAUAUUACUUGGAAGCUGAGAAAAUGUUCAUAGAGAGUAAACACGAAGAGCAGGGAGAUUACAGCAGCGACUCGCAAGUAGACGAGAUGGCUGAUCUACCAGUAUACAGUGGCCAAGCACAGAGUACCAACGAUGUUGCGGUUGGUAUGAUUCAAUUCUUCUGUAGAUGCACGGCGGCUAUCGGCCUCAUCGACAACGUCUAG